AUGGCACAGACAAAGGCGACCAAGAAAUUCGAGAAGAACCAUCUGAAGGACACGGUCGAGCGACGCAAAGGGUUGAAGAAAAUCAAGCAAAAGCAGCAGCUCAAGGCCAAGAAGAAGGCGAGAAGGGCAGAGGAGGAAGGCAGAGAUGGCAGCGGCAACGAUGCGGAUGAGGCCGCAGCCAACAAGAAAGAGGUCGCUAAGGACGCGCUCAAGGAUAUGAGUGUGGAUGACUUUUUCCAGGGCGGAUUUGAAGUGCCAGAACUGCCGAAGAAGAAGGGCAGCAAGCGGAAACGCGAUCGAGAGGAUGCCGAGGAAUCCGACUCAGAUGUCUCGUUCGAGCAACAGCCUGUGCAGGCAGAUAGCGACGGGGCGUCAGAUUCAGAGGACGAAGACCAGGACUUCAAGGCGCAAUUGGAUGCGCUCGCGGAGAAGGACCCUGAGUUCCACAAGAUGCUACAGCAGGACGAGCCCGAAGUGUUUGACGAUCUGGACGGCCUCGAAGUAAGCGACGAUGACGAUGACGAGCCGAAGCGAAAGAAGAGACGCAGCGACGAUUCGGACGACGAGAUGGAUGGCGACAAAGAGCUGGGCAUGGCAACAGUCAAAAAGUGGAGGAAGAAUCUGGUUGAGCAACAUUCGUUACGGGCUGCGAAAGAGGUCGUGAUUGCGUUCCGCUCUGCAGCACAAGGUGCAUCUGCAGAAUCCGAGGACAAGGAGUUCAAGUACUCGGUCUCGGAUCCGGAUGUCUACCACCAGCUGCUCACUACCGCGCUCAAACACAUUCCAGAGGUCUUCGAACACCACCUCCCAGUCCAGGAGAACAAGAAUGGCAAAGUGCAUGUUCCGACGGAGUCGAAGAAGUUCAAGACAGUCGGACCUCUGCUGCGCUCUCAAAUUGCGGGCAUCCUACACCUGCUAGAUCAUCUCUCUGAUCCUGCGACUCUGCGGCUGACCCUGGUAUCUCUGUUACCACUACUACCAUAUCUACUCUCGUUCAAAAAGCUGGUCCGAGAUGUAGCUCGAGCCGUCACCACUGUGUGGUCCUCCCAUUCGAACACGGAAGCGACGCGAAUCGCUGCUUUCCUGGCAAUGCGUCGUCUUGUGGUCGUCGGAGAUGCAGGCAUUCGGGAGGGCGUCCUGAAGGCUACGUAUCAGGCUUUGGUCAAGGGUAGUCGUAACACAACCAUGCACACGAUUUCGGGCGUCAACCUGAUGAAGAACUCGGCCGCUGAGCUAUGGGGUCUUGCAGGUGGCGAGGGCGGUGUAGCGUACACUACAGCAUUCACGUUCAUCAGAAGUCUUGCCAUGCAUCUGAGGAGCAGCAUCACCGACAACUCGAACGAGAGCUACAAAGCUGUCUAUAACUGGCAAUACGUGCACAGUCUGGACUUCUGGAGUCGAGUAUUGGCAGCACACUGUGUGGAAACAGCUUCGCCGCUACGACCUUUGAUCUACCCAUUGGUCCAGGUAACUCUCGGUGCCCUAAGGUUGAUCCCCACGGCGACGUACUUCCCCCUUCGAUUCCAGCUGAUACGAUCACUGCUUCGCGUGAGCUUGGCGACUGGCACAUACAUUCCGUUGGCUGCGCCUUUGUACGAAGUCCUGAACAGUGCGGAAAUGCGCAAAGUGCCAAAGCCCAGCACUCUCAAGCCGUUGGACUUCAACGUGUCGAUACGGGCGCAGAAGUCGUAUCUCCGCACCCGAACAUACCAGGAUGGUGUAGCAGAACAAGUACAAGAGCUGCUGUCAGAGUUCUUCGUGAUGUGGGCGAAGAACAUUGCUUUUCCGGAGCUUGCGCUACCUGUGAUAGUAAUGCUAAAGCGUUGGCUCAAGGAGGUCAACCAGCGUGGACAUGGCAAAAGUGGUAAUAAGAACCAGAAAGUCAAUGGUAUGGUCCAGCUGCUUGUGCAGAAGAUAGAAGCGAACUCAAGAUGGAUUGAGGAGAGAAGAGCAAAGGUCGAAUUCGCGCCGAACGACCGAAAGGGUGUGGAUGGCUUCCUGGCAGAUAUCAGCUGGGAAAAGACACCAAUAGGUGCGUAUGUCGUCGGGCAAAGGAACACGCGAGAUGAGAAGGCGAAAGUCGUGGAGGAGGGUCGUAAAGAAGAGGAGAGGAGGCGCAAGAAGGAUAAGGACGCGAAGGCCGGUGCGCACGAUGAUGACUCUGCAAGCGAGAGUGAGCCAGAAGAAGAUGACGAUGAGUCUCUUGACGACGAGGAGAUGCUUGACGGCGAAGACGAGAGCGAAGACAGCGAAUAG